GGUGAUGAUUUUGAGGGUGUGAUUCCAUGUGACUGAAAGGUGAAAUGAGUGUUGACAAUUCCAAUUCAGAUGUUUUGGUCCCGUUACGGAAUCUCUGUAACUCGGUCAAGUGUAUCCGAGACCGAGUGAAAGAUGGUGAAUCAAAUGCAUCUGCAGGGGACUUUGACUUGUCUACUUUCUGGGACACACUGAGUCACUCUUAUCUUCUCAUUCUAACAGAUCAAGCAGUGAAGGUCACCUCACAGGAAGCUACCAAACUCAGCCUGGCCUUCUCCAAACCACCUCUUCCUUCACAUGAUGAUUGUGAAAAGCUAGCAGAAUCCAUUCAGAAGGCUGUAUUGACAUUGUCCACAAUAUAUUAUUGGUUGCCCAAGAGCCAAGGCAUUACUUUGCGUAAACUGGUGAGAGAUGGCACAGCAGACGUGCUGGAAGGUGUUGUUCAGCUGGUAGAGAUCCUACUUACUUCUCCCUUACAGAGUUUGUCCCAGGAGCAGCUGACCUCCACUGGAGGAGUGUGGGCAUCCUGUGACCAGUUCAGCCAUCUACCCAGAGAUAACAAGGCUGCGGUGCUGGGAGUGUUGGCUUCCUGCUCUGGAAUGGUGAAGGAUGCCAUAGAGGAGAUUGAACAGGCUCUUGCCGAGAGCCAGGAUCCGUUUGGCGAUAUCCUGGAUGUGGAGGACUUGGACGCCCGUGGAAACCAGGACACGCACUGGUCUGAGUUAGACCGGCAGCUCAUUGGUUACUGCCGUGGCCUGAUGAAAGCAUCCGCUGCCUGUCUAAGGAAACUCUCGGCAGCCGUGCGGACCAAUGGGAAUUUAGACACAGAGGAAAACAUUGCUCAGCUGGAUGACCUUGCUGAUGCUGCACACGAAAUAAGCCCAAGUGUUGAUGAUCUGGCUCUCACACUCUACCCACCUGUAGACUACAGUACAGUGGAGCAGAAUGCGUGUAGGCUUACGUUGGAGAUGAAAAGGAUCCUGGGAGUCAUCAGGGGUUGUCAUGUGUGCUUGGAAGCAGACCUGAACUGGGUACAGUUUCUAGAGGGUGCUCUCGAUCACAACCUGGAAAAGAUCAAAUCUCUGAUUUAGAGCCCCUCAUGAGAAAGACAAGAACCUCCACUGUGAAGUGAACUGCAGUGACCUCACAGAGGUGUUGUGUAAUUGUGUGUGUGUGUGUGUGUGUGUGUGUGCGCGCAUUCUGCCAUUCCUCUCAAGCUUCUCACACCCUCCUUGACAGCUCCCUGACUGACAGUACAAAGUGAGUUACUGCAAGCCAAACAUUUGCGAAAUUGCAAACAUGUAAUUUUCAAAAAUGCAGGCCUCAUAAAACUAUGGGAAUACUAAUAUAAAAUCUGUAACACAGCGUUUUGUUUUUUGUCACAAUGACUGGUUUGACGUUUUUCUCUGCAGUUUUAACUUUUUUCUCAUUUCCAGUGUCUUGAUGUGCUUUUUAUUUUUCUUACUGCCAUCAUACACACUAAAACCAUUCACGCACGUCAUACCAUUCAUAUAACAGUCAGUCAACAUCCCUCUCUGAGUGUCAGUGUGAAGGGUGUGAGUGAAAAGAGUACAAGACAGAGAAAAAUGAACUUUCUUUCAGUAGAGGGAAAGAUACAUUUUCUCAUACAAAAGGCUUUUUGUGAGGAUAUGUA